GCGGAUCGCGCUUGCGCGGUGGCGAUCAGUUCCCAGCACCCGCUCGGCUCUGGGCUGGCCGAGGUCUCAGCGUGAGGGCGGCCGAGCUGGCUGGCUGCUUUAAGAUGAGGCUUCUGCUGCUUCUGCUGGUGGCGGCGUCGGCGGUGGUCCGCAGCGAUGCCUCGGCCAACUUGGGCGGCGUGCCUGGCAAGAGGCUAAAGAUGCAGUACGCCACGGGGCCGCUGCUCAAGUUCCAGAUUUGUGUUUCCUGAGGCUACAGGCGGGUGUUUGAGGAGUACAUGCGGGUUAUCAGCCAGCGGUACCCUGACAUCCGCAUAGAAGGAGAGAAUUACCUCCCUCAACCAAUAUAUAGACACAUAGCAUCUUUCCUGUCAGUCUUCAAGCUCGUAUUAAUAGGCUUAAUAAUUGUUGGCAAGGAUCCUUUUGCUUUCUUUGGCAUGCAAGCUCCUAGCAUCUGGCAGUGGGGCCAAGAAAAUAAGGUCUAUGCAUGUAUGAUGGUAUUCUUCUUGAGCAACAUGAUUGAGAACCAGUGUAUGUCAACAGGUGCAUUUGAGAUAACUUUGAAUGAUGUACCUGUGUGGUCUAAGUUGGAAUCUGGUCACCUUCCAUCCAUGCAACAGCUUGUUCAAAUUCUUGACAAUGAAAUGAAGCUCAAUGUGCAUAUGGAUUCAAUCCCACACCAUCGAUCAUAGCCCCAACUAUCGGCACUGAAAACUCUUUUACAUUAAGGGAUUUUUGCAAGAGCAGCGUGACUGGCAUUAUGAAGGCCUGUACUGAAGACAGCAAGCUGUUAGUGCAGGCCAGAUGCUUUCUUGGCAGGCUCGCUGUACCUCUUGGAAAACCUCAAUGCAAGGCGGUUCUUCAGUGCUGGCACAUUUUGGAAUUCUGCACAUUCGUGGAGUGCAAUAAUACUGUAUAGCUUUUUUUCUUCCCCAGAUCCAGUCAGUUAAUAGUUUUAAAAAAAAGCAGACAUGCUCCUUGUACUUUUUUUUUCUUGGUCAUAUUUUCAAAAGUAGAAAAUUGAGUUAUAAUUUUAUUUUUUUUUUCAAAGAUGUCUGUUAAAUCUGUUGUGAUUUUAUAUGAAUUUUCCUUUUUGGGAACUGAAGUUCCCAAAUACUUUAUAAGAGUUUAUCAGACAUCUCUAAUUUGGUUGUGUCCAAUUUAUAUAGUUUUCAAAAUACCGCAGAUUGUGAACAGCAUAUUAUAUGAGAUUAUGGGGGGGGAAAUCCUAUAUCCAGAGUACUCUGCCAGUUGUGUAUGUGUGUGUGCGCGUGUGUGAUUACCAGAGAACUACUAAAAGACCAACCUCUUUUUAAAUCCUGUUAUGUAGUUCAAGUGUCCUGCCUUGACCAAUUUAAUGAGUUGAUUAACUGGGCCUUUAUACUUAACUCAAUAAAAAACUAAACAGAUAUAAGUUAAAUAAAAAGUUCAAGUUUA